AUGGCUCUCCGCCCAAGCUUCGGUCCUGAAUCCCUUGCCUUUGAAACUCCUGGAGGAGCCUUCUAUACUGGUGUUAAUGACGGUCUUGUUCUUAGAUACCAGCCACCUACUGGCUGGACAACUUUUGCCUUUACCUCACCAAACCGGUCGAUAGCACUUUGCAAUGGCACCACUGAUCCCGAUAAAGGACCUAUCUGCGGAAGGCCUUUGGGUUUGGCGUAUAGUCCUUUCACAAAAUUGCUCUACAUAGCCGAUGCAUAUUAUGGACUCUUAGUUGCUGACUCAAACGGGAGACUUGCUACACAAAUUGCCACCAGUGCUGAAGGACAACCUUUCGUCGUUUGCAAUGCUUUGGAUAUAGACCCUUUCACAGGAAACAUCUAUUUUACAGAUGCUAGUGCUGUCUAUGAUCUAAGGAAUUCCUCGAAAGCUCUUCUUGCCAAUGACUCUACAGGAAGGUUAUUGAAAUAUGACGUGAGGACAAAUCAAGUCACCGUGUUACUGAGAAAUCUUUCGGUAGCAGUGGGGGUUGCAGUCAGUAAAGACGGUGGGUUUGUCCUCGUCUCAGAGUUUGUUGGCAAUAGGAUUCGACGAUAUUGGCUCACAGGACGGAAUGCCGGGACUUCAGAUAUAUUCCUAAGCAACCUUAACAUUUUGAGGCCAAACAACAUCAAGAGAACUAGUUUGGGCGAUUUUCUGAUUGCAGCUGCAACUGUUAGACAAGAUUCACAAACACUGGUGCCUGUAAGAGUCAGGGUCAACGAGCUUGGUAGAAUCUCGGCGACUGUGUCUCUUGAGGCACAGUAUGGAAGUACCCUCAUCAGCGAAGCUCAACAGUCUGGUCUCUCGUUGUAUGUUAGCUCAAGGGGUGUGAAUUUCGUUGGUGUUUAUACUCUUUAA